AUGCACCGGAUCUUCAAGACUGGCGCAUCCGCUCCCCGCUGGAGGUUCCUCGUGCUAGACCACGCCGUGCUGCUGGUAUAUGCGAGCAAGAGCGACUGGGCCGAUCACCAAGAACCCCUGGACGAUGUGGUGCUAAGCGCAGAGUCGGUCGUGGAGACGACGCGGGAAAGGGAAGGGGCGCUGGUAAAGCUCCGCGGCCCGGGCCACUCGCCGCUCUGCUUUACUUGUAGCGCCGUCAACGUCAACGACUCCACCACGCGGCCUGACAGCGAGGCGUGGGAGGUAGCAAUAAGCCAGGAGAUCGCUGGCCUCGGGGGAGACGCGGGCACCUCGAGACGGCCGCAUACGGUGGCGGCUGCUAGGGGUGGGCGAGGAGUUCGCUCUUGGCGUUUGUGGAAUGCGGUCCGCCGGGACGCCGAGGGGAACUCUGGGAAGGCUGGGGCAGCGUUGAUUGCGGACCCGGCCGGCGGCGGCGGGAGCGUCGACGCAACAGAGAAAGACGGCUCGAACCAUGACGAAACCAAACACGAAGAGGAGGAGGGAAAAGGCCAGAACAGUACAGGGGGCGGGGGGGGUGGAAGCGCUGCGAGACUGUCAAGCCGGGGAUUUCGCAGACGGCCGCUGAAGCGGAGCGAUACCACGUGCAAGGUUUCCGACCAAGAAUCGGCGAGUAGUCUGGUCGUGGCCCCCGUUGUAACGGAAGGACAGGGAAAGCCGGCAACAGGAGGAAGAGGAGAAGGGGGCGAGGGAAAUCCAAUCUCUGACAGUAGCAGGGCGUCGAAUCUGUGGAGAAGAGUCGCGGGGGUCGUCCGACAGAACGACCGUGCCAUUUGCACGUCCGAGCCGGGCAAGAAUGGCGGAAGCGGAAGUCAGCACCUGUCGGAGUCAGGCAACAAGUAUCGGCGCGAAUGCUCGUGGGCUAGAAGCAAGAAGCGCGCUUCAGUACAAGCGAAGUUGUCGCCCGUGGUGGACAGGUGGGAAUACCUGGUGGGACGCUGGAUACCUCUGCAGAUGGCGAGGUCGGGAGACGUUCUUGGCGUCCGAAGUUUUCUGGAGAAAUUUCCGGCGUUUCCCGACAAGGACAACCUCCUUCGAGCGGCGGUGCGGUACAAGCAGUAUUCCUUGGUCGAGUACCUCCUCGAGGAGCAGCACAUGGACGUCAACCUCAAGAACGCCAUGGGCAUGCCUGUGGUAUGGUUCAGCGUGGCCUUCAUGCAGAGGGGCGACAGCGGCGUCAUGCUCCGGUACCUCCUGCAGAAGGGCGCGGACAUUCACAUCAAGAGCCGGGUGGGGCAGACGAUGCUCUUUCUGCUCGUGUCCAGCAGGGGGAAGGAGGCCAUCCCCAUGCUCAAGUAUCUGGUCGAAGAGCUAGGGCUAUCGCUUACGGAGAAGGACGACUUCGGCUCCCAGCCCCUUCACUGGGCCGUGCUCCACGGGCACCUCGACACCGUGCGGUGGAUAAGCGAGUACACCAAGUAUCCCGCCACCCGCGCUAACUGGGCCAAGGCUUUCGAAAAGAUGCAAAAAAUCCGACUGGUGAAGCCGGAGCACAUGGGGGCCGCAAGGUCUUGGCGUAUUCGGGGGCUGCAGAAGAGCGCGAGGUCACUGACGCCGCUCGGUGUGGCAGUGCUGCACAACCAUGAACACAUCGCCAGGUGGCUCAUGGGGUACGGCACAGAGGGGCAGCAUUGCAUCUCAUGCAAGAGGAACAACAUUUUUAAGGAGGAGAACAGGGACCUCGCGCUCGUGGCCAAGACGUGGCCGGAGCUACUGCCAGAGGUGUUGCGGGGUUUCCAGCACGACAUGAAGGCGCAGAAGUAUUCGUGGGAUACAGACGAGAAGAGACCCGUGGCACCUACCGGGUGGUCCGAGCGCACGUACGACAUCAAGCUUCUCUACGGGCUGCCCGAGGUGGCAUCAAGCCGAUCCCCCCUGAGCAUUUUGUUGCAGACGGGCCACACCUCCCUGUUCGAAGUGAAGGUUGUCCAGAUGGUCGUGGCACUCAAGUGGUCGGUCUUCGGGCACAGGCCUACGCGUCUCGGGGCAGCUCGCCCUAGCACCCACGUGUGGUGGAUCGUCAUGGGAUGCUUCCCGCCCGUCGCAGAGAGCAAGGCCUUGUCGGGAAUCAUGUACAAUAGGACGAUUUCGAGGUACUACGUGUGGGAACUUGGCCGCUACCUGGUCCUCUCUGCGAGCUUCAUCAUGGGCUUUACCAUCUGGGCAGAAGUACCUAACUGGGCCGGCCCCAUCGACUCGGAUGACGAUCGCGGACAGGUGAUGGGUGCCACGAUCUCGAGGCUGCUCUGCUGGACCUUGACGCUGUACAACCUGGUCGUGGAGGAGGGGAGGGAGUUGGCGGCAUCCAAAAGCAUGAGGAAGUACCUUGAGGGGGGCUGGAACUUACAGUCCGUCACGGCGUACGUGUUGGUGCUUGCUAUGAUCCCCGUGUUCAGGCCUUGGGGGGACGGCAGAGAUUGGAUGGAGGACGAAUUCGAGUACUCCUCCGCCGGCCUCAUCCGGAGAGUGAUGACAGCCCCCGCGGCUCUGUUCCUCUUCUUGCGUUUAAUGGAACACCUGGCGGUAUGGAAGUCGACCGGGAUCUUCAUCGCGGUUAUCCGCAUGGUGAUCGUGGGAACGGCGAGCUGGUCCGUUCUCUUUGGCCUCUUUCAGAUGGCAUUCGCGCUGUCUUUUUACUCCCUUUUGGACGGGAACGAGGGUUUCGAGACAAUCUGGGCGAGCAUGGUGUCGAUAUUCGUCAUGUCAUUGGGGGAGUUCUCGUUGCCUUUCAGCGACAACAUGACACUCCACGUGAUGGCGAUGCUCAUGCUCGUCGUCUUCAUGCUCAUCGUGGCGAUCGUGUACCUCAACCUUCUGGUGGCCAUGAUGACGAGCGGGUACACUGAGAUGGAAAAGGGUGCAACGGCUCAAGCAACGAUGGACCGUGCUGCCGCCCUAGUCAAGUGGGAAGGCAUCAUGUCCGACAAGACACGCAGACAGGUGGCUCCCGGCAAGGGCAAGAGCUCAGAGGUGACCAUCACCGGCUGGUCCGGCGGGGGCGCCACCGAGAUUUUCUGCACCGACGAGGGGGCGACCGCCGUAGAGCCUGAGCAGAGCACCAUCGGCAGGCGGGUCGACACGCACGCGGCGGUCAUGAAGGAGCUGGCAGAGAUAAGGUCACUCGUAGAAAAGGCGUCAUCCCGCGGCGGCGGCUUCUCGCGCAGGCCCCCCAACGGCCCCGGCAUGCAGGGCGAGAGCUUCCGCACUUCCAGCGACGACCGCGAUGCCAGCUUCCGCAAGCGCCAGGCGGGGCUGCUGGACUCGGGGGGGAUGGGGCUGUCGGUGCUCAAUAUUGGCGACGGCGAGGGACGACGCGGAGACGGGGAUGGUGGUGGUGGUGACGUCGGGAGCAGGCGGGGUGUUGGCCGAAGGGGUUCGUCGAUCAUGGUGACUCCGGAAGAAGUGGAGGAAUGGCGACGUAAGGCGCUCGAGGUCCAGGAGCAGGCCAAGUCCCGGCGAGGAGUUACUCGCGCUCAGGCUCUCAUCCGAGGCUACCUGUCUCGCGCAAAGCUGGCCCCUCGAUUCCUGCCGGACAAUCAGGAGACAAGCGACGAAGGAUGAUGAGGUCGGACUCACGUACUAGCACGCCGGAGUCGUUGGAGCAGUGACCUCGUAUCCUUUCAUUACCGGGGCGGAAUGAUCUGUGAAAGCCGGGUUUUUCGCCGCCCCAACCUAUGUGUACAUGUGUACAACUCACAAGGAUGAAGCAGAGGCUGGUUCGCCAUCAUCCUUUGCGUUUGCGGUGCCCAGCGGGUUGAUCUGCAGUGUGAACAGGAUGACGGGGCUGCAGUAGUAAUAGUAGUAGCGGGUUGGACUCGCGAAAUGGUCUGGGGAUUUCAAUAUUUAGUGGUAUGGUCUUGGGUUUGGAGAAGGUGGCCAGGCCUUGCCGGGGGGUAUCUUAUUUUCUGUUUGUAGUUGUUUCUUGCGUCGCCCCCUCCCCCCCCCCCCAGUGAUGCACUGUGCACGCACGGCCUCCGGGCGGCAAUACGGUUGGUGGGCGGCUUUCUUCCCUGGAAGAAGUCGUGUCUUGUCUUCGUGCAGCAGUACGCGGAAGGGAGUUUGCGGCCUGAUGUGUGUCAUACGACCAGCAAUCCAGCUCCGCGCGUGUCGCUUGUUCAGCGAGGACCCCCGCUUGUCUUGGACCUUUUGUGAGGAGGCGAGGCGUCGUUUCGCCUUAGAUACGGGAGGGAAAUGGAAAAGGGGGGCAGUCCGCGUUGUGUUCUCAAGGGUUUCCCCCUUGCAUUCCUUCGUGCGUGGUAUGUAUUUGAUGUUGUCCAAUGUUGUAGGAUGUAUUUGGUGUUGUCGGAUGUUGUCGGAUGUAAUUGAUGUUGUCCAAUGUUGUAGGAUAUUUACGUCCGAACGUACAGUAUUAAUACAGAGAAAUUAAAAGUGUUGCUACAUUUUUCUAUACUAAUUUUUUUCUUGCAUACCGUACCAUGUUUUAUAUUUUUAGGGUUGUGGUGCAAUUUUGCCGGGAUGAUUUUCUACAAAGUUUGCGACAGAACCAAGACGUUAAAUUUUGAGUUGGAAACCCUCUAUCGUUCUCGGGCUCAUGGGGGUCUUCCUGAGGGCAAAAAGCGACGUUCACCGUGUUACAAGAAAGGCUCUUCAUUCAGUCUGUUUUUGGGUCGAGCUUGGAUCGAUUUUCCACUUGCCGGGUGGGUGCCGUCGUGGUCUUGCUGGGAGUUGGGGGGGGGGUUAUGUCCGUGUAAUCGAUAUUUUGACCUGCGACUAUUGGGUUCACGUUACCCCUUACGCUGCCGUCGUCGGGAAGGGCGUGUUGUUUUGUGUAUUGAUUUUGCUGUUCUCCCGCUACCAUUUGGUCGACCUUUGCCCUUGCGUUGCCGUCUCUCUGUGAGCGGUCGUGAGGCGGUACUGCUGUACUGUAGCAGGUGACGACACGUCGCAUCUUCCGUGUACUAUCUGUGUACCUGAUUCAGGUCGUGUCGGCUAUGUGUGAUUGGUGGGCUCAGCGUGCCGCCCCACAGGAACUAUUUUCGGUUGUCGUUUGAAAUCCAUCCGUUCUUCACACUUGUUGUUAAAGUGUUUUUCCUGACAUGAGCGCGAAACAGCUGCUCUCUUUGCGUCGUCGAAUUAUGGUUAUGUGAGGGCGAGGCUUGUGCAAUUGCUUGUGCACCGAGAAACGGCCAAAACACCUUCGAUCAUCCAAGAGAGAAUCGCAACUGCUGAGUUGUCGUUCAAGAACAUUCGAGGGUGUCUGAUUUUUUUUUUAUAUAUAUAUUGGUAGGCGUUAUAUAUUUAUUUAUGACUCAGUUGCGGAGGAGUUGGAGGCGAUGGGCGCUAUGGUGUCCUCUGAAUAAUGUGCAUUUUCGCUCUGUCUGGCUUCAAAUUCUUGUUAUUUUUUCUUAGCAGAGGUACUCUGUUGAGACACGAGACAUGAUUGCACCGUGUCGUGGGGGCAGUUAGGUAUUUGUGCCCUCUUCUCGCUCUGCUGUUGAAAUGUUUUGAAUUGUAAGGAUAAUGUUUUUUCUUGCGAGUGUCUGGGCUGCUUACUUCCUGAGUAAUCUAGUACUUGGAAGUAACCUUGUUACUGUCGUUUACGUUUUUUAUCGUAGUCUCUGUGUUCAUUGAUUGGUGACGAAGGGGGGUAUGUUAUGUACUGCGUGCUGAACAAUACUGAUAAUUUUUCCGAUGUU